AUGCGUUGCCAACGAAGCAGUGCAGCCGUCAAGCGCUUGCCAACGCCAAUCAGCCGCUCCAAGGACCGUCAUCCGGGACCUACCAUGGCCCUUGCACUCGGUGACUGUCCAGGUGUAUCGGUUUCCAAACCCUUCCCGUCCCUGCGCCCUGUCGUCGCCAUGACCUUCCAUCCCCCCCCUCCCCUGCCAGGCGAGAGUUCCGCAGUCAGCUUCUGGCCAGACAGUGAGCCAGCGCAUGCGACCUGUAUCUGGCUGUAUCCAGCCAUCGUGUGGCUGCUCCGAGACGACCGGCCCUGCUGCUGGAUGCACGCCUCAUAA